ACGGUCGAAAUAUCGAAGACAAAUUUAUUGUUAGUGUGAAGAAAAAACAAAUAACGCCUUCUCUUGGUAAACAUAGCAGAUAUAGCUUCAAAACGGUGGCCUUGAAGCUGCUACAGUAAAUUCUGCAGCAGCACAUAUGAGCCACUUCUCCAGUAGACUCAACAAAAAAUGCGGAAUAUUGGCUCCGACAUAAACAAGUCCAGGGAAUCAAGCACCAUGUGUGCCCUGCCAUCCUCCCAGCCUCCCACCAAGAGGAAGGAGAUCUACAAGUAUGAGGCACCAUGGACAGUCUAUAGCAUGAACUGGAGCAUCCGGCCUGACAAACGCUUCAGACUAGCACUGGGAAGUUUUGUAGAAGAAUACAACAAUAAGGUCCAGAUUGUCUCCCUUGAUGAAGAAACAUCUGAAUUUACAUCGAAGAGCACAUUUGAUCACCCAUACCCAACCACCAAGAUCAUGUGGAUACCAGACUCUAAAGGUGUAUUUCCUGAUCUGCUGGCCACCAGUGGGGAUUACCUGCGAGUGUGGAGGGUUGGCAGUGACAAUGAUACACGUUUAGAGUGCCUACUUAACAAUAAUAAAAAUUCUGAUUUCUGUGCUCCUUUAACAUCAUUUGACUGGAAUGAAGUGGACCCAAAUUUACUCGGGACCUCCAGUAUAGAUACAACCUGUACAAUAUGGGGUUUGGAAACAGGACAGGUGUUGGGACGUGUAAAUGUUGUGUCUGGUCAUGUAAAAACACAACUCAUUGCACAUGACAAAGAGGUCUAUGAUAUCGCUUUCAGUCGAGCAGGAGGGGGACGUGAUAUGUUUGCAAGUGUUGGUGCUGAUGGGUCUGUGCGUAUGUUUGACCUCCGACAUCUAGAACAUUCCACAAUUAUUUAUGAGGAUCCUCAGCACCAUCCCUUACUCAGACUGGGCUGGAACAAACAAGAUCCCAACUACCUAGCCACCAUGGCCAUGGAUUCCCUGGAGGUGAUAAUACUGGAUGUUCGUGUACCAUGUACACCAGUGGCCAGACUCAACAACCACAGAGCCUGUGUGAAUGGCAUUGCCUGGGCUCCUCACUCUAGCUGCCACAUUUGUACUGCAGCUGAUGACCAUCAAGCACUGAUAUGGGACAUCCAGUCAAUGCCUCGGGCAAUCGAGGAUCCGAUACUAGCUUACACAGCUGGUGGUGAAAUUAACCAGACACAGUGGUCAUCAACACAGCCAGACUGGAUCUCUAUCUGUUACAAUAACUGUCUCGAGAUACUGCGGGUGUGAGGAACCUACUUAGGGUCACCAGUUAUUGACACUGCCAAAGCAAUCUCCCAUAUUUGUGUAGAGAGUGUGUUUAUAUCUCUGUACAAAUCAAUACCAAAAGUCCUCUCUAGGAAGCCAUUCUUCCAGAGGAUUAUAGGCUAUGUAAACAAAUCUUCCUUGAGAUGUUGGACUAUUUUGGCAGCGAUACUGAUGUACUGAAAAGUAAAAGCUAUCCUAAGGUUGCGUCAGUUUUAACACCGCAAGAACAGGAUUAGCUGUGGCCCACGUUAAUUGUGAAGUUUGUAUUGUUCAAUUAUUGCCAUAGUAUCAAACACUAGACGAACAAUACGACAUGAGAUUCCAGAUAGAAGGGUGUGGCUUAUUACAAGGAAAUGAUAUAGCUUCUGUACUGAAGCUGCAAUAGGUAUGGCUAGGCUUUUUUACGUGGACGUUUUGACAGAUGCAGUAUUUUGUUAUUAUCUUAACAGACCAUUUAUCAGAUUUGUUUCAGAAUCAUUACUAUGUAAUGUUAAUGAAGAAGCUAUCAUUCUGGGACACAGAUUGCUCUGUAUUAAGUGUUGAUAUGAUAGAUCUGUUUCAAGUCUCUACAGGAAGAUCUGGAUAAAUGAGACCAAAGACUUUUCUGGAGCUGUACCUUUAUCAGCCAGGAUGAAUUCCCAGCAUUUUCCUAGACUUUAAGGCUGCAUACUGUCAAAAACACGAAGAAGAUUUAUUUCAGUAUAUCUUCUAUGUUAGGGUAUGAUUAAUAUAGAAGGCUGCUUGUCUCCAUAUAUUAAACUUCUUUUAUUAUUGACUGUGUGUGUACUUAUUUCAGUGCCAUCAUUCUAAUAUCAGCACCUUUUGCACUUGUUCAAGUGCAGUGCUAAAAUUUCUCUAUUCUAUCUUUAGGAUUACUAUCGAAUUUCACUUAUCAAUUAAAAUAUUGUUCAAGACCAAUUUUCAUAGGCAACAUUUGUUACUCCUAGUUGUAGAUCUGAGUCAUCUCAAUACAAAGCCAUACAUUAAACUUUUGAAUAAUUUUUUUAUUGACAUUCAAAUUGAAAUGAAACAAAACCAGAAAACUGAAACUUGAUUUAGAACUUAAUUAGGCUAGGAAUGAGUUGGGGUAUUGUGCCACAGGUGUUGUAAGAUUCCAAAAGUGGUUCCCAUCUAUGAGCAGGUCAGUACAGAUCCACAUCCCCUGAGCACCUUACAGCAAGCUAACCUGGCCUGGUGACAGGGAAUGGAGUUCCACGACAGGCUUAAAACUUAUCCUUGCUGUAUUUGUUAGAAUUUAAGAUUGCACAAGAAGGUCUAACCCCUCAAAGCCCUAAGAUAUGAGUGCACUAAAGUAAGUACACAUACAGUAUGUAGAUAAAGUAUGUUGACAUUUCGUACAUAAUGAUGUAGUAAAAAUUUCACUGAAUUGUGUGUAUUUAUAAUCUUUGUAGUGAGCAUGCUUUUAAGAUCUUAUUGACAUACAUGUUCAAACUUUAUGUAGGAAUUAACAUUUUUAAGUAUGGUGGUGUACUCCAUAAUUUCAUAAUGUAUAUAAAUGAUUCAUUUGUGUUGUGUUGGUACGUUUGUAAUGUUCCACUUUUUUUAUUCCCAUAUUUUUUUUGUUUUUUGUACAGAAUUUGCUAAAAUUUAAAUCACGUUUGCAAAAAAAAAAAAAAAAAAAUCAAUAAUCAUAAUUACGUCCAGUAAUGAUAUCAUUUAUAUAAACUUUAUUUAUUUACAACAAAUAUGAAACAAGUUUAACUUAUGUUUAUUAAUCACUCUUGCUGGUCCACAAAGGUAUGUAGGGAUUAAAAAAUCUGGAGGACACAGAGAAAAGCUUUUCAAGUUCAGCUUUACUUCACAAAACAAGGAAACUGCAAGGCAACAACAUAAUUUGCAAUUUUUGUUAUUUGUUGCAUGUGAGCAAGUCAAAAUAGAAAACCUGUGUCAGCAUCUCGGGUUUGGUUUUACAGGGUUUUUAUUUUGAAAUUUAUGAGAAGUAAGAAAACUAACAAAACCAUUUUAGGACGGUGUAAUCAAUCAGCAUUGUGAUCCCCACAAGAUGCAAUGGCUUCAUUCAUUGUGCUGACUAGCUUACAGAGCCUUCUUUACUGAUGACACGGUUGGUCAGUAUUAUAUUGCUGUUAUACUGGCUAGUACUGAAAAUGUUGACUUCUUUAUCAACAGUAUUGAUCAUUUCUAAUACCAUACAAACAUUUCUACCAACCAUUUUUUUUACAUCUUAAAUCAUGUAAUGAAGAAAUGUAUGAUGUUAAACAUAAACUUAAUGUAUCACUAAGGAAAAAGGAACAAAGAGGGCUUUAUAGAGACUCUUUCAUCCUGUUAUUAGACCUGUAAAUGUGAUAUUUUGUAUUCAUUACAAACAUCCUUCAGUCUUGUAAUAAGUUGUAGUAUAUAAGUGGUUUGCUUAUUUUACUAAUUAAAGAUGAAACACCA